AAAAAAAAGUAGCGCUAGUGUAUCUCUUAUAAAUGAACCUUGUAUAUCCGGCUUAUCUAAUUAGUUGCGCUUUUUCAAGGCCAUUGAAACUUACCAUAGAAAAAGCAUAGUUAUAUUAAACAAUCGUAUAAAAUAAUAAAGUUGUAUAUUUAAGAUGAAGUGGAUAUUAUUUAACAGUGCAUUCCUAAUAUGUAGUUGCUUCAUUUUAUGUCAAGAUAUUGUAUUUCCAAAUGAUGAGGAAUUAUCUCAUGUGAGUGGAAAUAAACCGAUGAUAACAGAGCGUAUUCCUGUGUCAAUACCAGAUCAUUGUCCAACCAAUAUGCUUGUUUAUCCAAGUGAUGGAAAUAAUGUUGCUUGGGUGUGCGAUUGUAGACCAAGAUUUUUAUACCUUCCUUUAAAUGAUUCGUGUUAUGAAGCCUAUAGACAAGGACCUUGUUCUCCACAACAUUAUUUAGUUCUUCCUGAAGGAGAAGCAAUCCCACAAUGUGUUAAAAAUCCAUGUUUAGAAGAUGGUUUGGUUAAAUACAAUAAUACAUGUUAUGCUCUUAAUACAAUUGGUGGUCCUUGCGCACCCAGUGUAAUAGGUGUCAAUGAAACUAAUUUUCAACUGGAAUGCAUAUCAAUCGAUAUUGCACCUUUUGUAAUAAUUAAAGCACCUACACGAAACUGUCCUCCAGGUAGUCGUAGAACUACAUUAGGUUUCUGCAAGACACCAAUAUAAAUUUCUUUUUAUAUGAUCUAUCGAAUUUUAAAUAUGAAACAACUGAAAAAAUUUAUUUAUUAAUGAAAAGAUAAAAGAUAUUUAAUGAAUAAAAAUAAAUAAUGAACAUUAUAAUAUA